AUGAAGCUACCCAAGAGCUUUACCCGGCGCAAAUCGUCCGGCAAUGUUCUGGAGGAGAUUGAGAACCCCCAACAAUCCUCCUUUCGAGUAUUCGAGCGCCCUGGACCUCAGCGAUCAAUGAGCGAUGGUGCGCCACUGACCAAGCUACUGAGUGAGGGUAAUGUGGUGGGAUCAAUGGAGGACUCCGAUAACAUCUUUGCCGGAAGAGAUCGACCCCUGGACAAGAACCGGUAUGACCGCCCCUCGACCGUGGAUUCCCUAAGGAGCCGACUGAUUCGGAGACGUGACAGUGGAAAUUACGAAAGUUCUACGUCGACAAGAUUAAGCUCCUCCUCUACACUCCCAUCGUCAACCGAAGUGCCCCCGUCCGACGAGAAUCAAUCGCCGCAUGCUAGAAUUCAGGACAUCCCCGCUCCACCACACCUAGCCAGUGCGCUGCGCGCCGCUGGGCGGACAUUCUCGUUUGGUGGACGGUUCAGCAAAUCUGGGCCGCCUGUUCCUCGGCAACAGACACCAGAUGCGGCAAAGAACCGCCCGGUGACAGGCAGCACCGACCGUACGGCUACACCGCCCAAGCUGCCUGAUACGAACUUUGCCGAGUCGCAAGAUGAUUUUAAUAAAAUGUUUGAUAAUAUGAGCACACGAGAUGGCCCAUCUCCUCAGCCGGCCAAGGUAAGUUCUAUGAUUGCGACCUCAGACGAGGAUAAAAUGCUCAUCGAACUGCAGUACUCCUCCUCUCCACCGACCCAGGCUCUUCCCGAAUUUCAAACAAGCAGGAUUGACGCGCCCGCGGCGAUCAAUACGGACCGAUCGGCCGUGGUCGAAUCACCCCCUUACUCUUGGGCUCGGCGUCCCUCAGAGGAGGGCUUGCUACGUGAACCGGAUUCUGUACCCUUGAGCGAAACCCACUCCACCCUCGAGGCAGUUGUUGAUUCCCGGAAACUUUCACCAUCACCUAAUAAUUUCACAUCAGCCACAACUUCUCAUCGAUCGUUGGAGCGUCCCCGCGGGAUGGAUAGGGGUGGACUGCGAAGGAGCGGAGUAUAUUCGCCGCCACCUGAAUCUGCACCUUUUGAUGACGAGGAUGCUAAACUGGUCCGUCAAUCUGUCAUCUGGAGCAAAGACAGCACGUCACCAUGGGGUGAUCCUAGCCCUUCUGGGGAAACACCCUUGAUCGACAAGGGUAAAGCUCCCGACUAUUCUGGCGAGAUGAAUUCGGAGCCCGGUGAUAUGUUCCAAUUCCGUCGUUCGCCUCCUCCGGCCGACGAUUUGGACCCUUCAGUCGCGGCUCAGGCGCGAUUGGCUGUGCAGUUUGCGGAUAGUAUACCCAAGUCGACCUCUCCGGGCAACAAGGUGAUGACUCCAUCCCAGUUCGAGCACUACCGUCAGCAGCAAGAGCUCCGACGUUCCAAUAGCAGUGCAACCAAAAGCGAUCAAGGAUCCGAUCAGGAGGAGUUUGACGAUGAAGAAGAUGAGGUGGAGAAGCAACGGGAGACGGAACGUCAACGGCGGAAGCAGGAGGCUCAUCUCUCAGUAUAUCGACAGCAGAUGAUGAAGAUCACAGGCCAACAAGCACCCAUUCAACACCUACGCCCGGUGAUGAGUGGAGCGAGCAACAGCACGCCCAAUUUGCUCACCAGUCGUCUGUCGGUCCUGGGCGACAAGUCCACUAGUGGCAAGAGCAGCGAGGAGGAUGAUGAUGAUGUGCCACUCGGCAUUCUGGCCGCACACGGUUUCCCCAAUCAAAAUCGCCCGCCCACCCGCCUGAACAACGUCAGCUCCAACCCCAACCUUCGUGCCUCCAUGCAACCCCCGUAUAUAUCAUCGGCUAGCUCGGUCUCUGGUGCCGAAAACAUUGGCAACCGGGGCAGCCUACCUCCCUUUGCGAGGCACCUGCCUCGUGAUCCUUACUACGGUGCAGGUAUCGUCAACAAUCCAAAUCGGGAAUCACUGGCGCUUGGGGGUGGAUCGGUAUAUGGAGGCCCUGCGUCCCCGGCACCUCCCCCGGAGGUCUUGUGGGCGUUAUAG